AUGUGUGAAGACUUAUUAGUUUGCUUAUUUGGCUAUGGAAGUAUCCUAUGGAGACCUGGAUUCCCAUAUGUUAGAAAAUUCAAUGCAUAUAUAAAAGGUUAUAAAAGAUUCUUUUACCAAGGAAGUACAGAUCAUAGAGGAACUCCUGAAUCACCUGGUAGAGUUGUAACAUUAAUUAAACAACCAGAAGAUUAUAUAAAUGAUGAUUGGAUUACAUGGGGAACUGUAUAUUGUAUACCCGAUGAAGAGGCAGAGAUUAUUUUAAAGAAUUUGGAUUACAGAGAAAAGGGAGGUUAUCAACGAAUUGAAACCGAUAUUUUCAUCAAUGGAAAGGAGUCGUCGCAUGGCAAGGCCAUUUUAUACUUUGCAUCGGAAACCAACGAAGAGUUUCUAGGCGAGGAUUCAAUGGACAAGAUUGCUCACCAAAUAGUUCGAUCUGUAGGUCCCAGUGGCCGUAACCUAGACUAUCUACUCAAACUAGCCAAUAGUCUACACAAGAUGCAAGUUGAAGACGACCAUGUAUUUGAAUUGGAGAAAUUGGUAUUAGAGUUGAUGAAACAACAUAAUAUCGUAGAACACCAAUACCUUUCAGGUGCAGGAGGUGAUGGUGCGCAACAGCAUCAACAAUCCUUAUCACCAUCAGAUCCAAACUCACCUUCAACAGCCGAUAGUCAUGUGAUCAAUGAAACACUCGAAUUACAAAAGAAAUAUUUUACACAACCAAAGGGAUCGAUACUGAUCGAUGAUGGUGCCGUUCAGGCCAUAUCACAACGUGCCAAAUCUUUGUUGGCGGUUGGUAUUGUCAAGAUUAGUGGUACGUUUGAACCUGGAUCACUCGUAUCUAUACUAGACAAGAAUAACAACGAACUCAGUCGUGGUAUUUCCAAUUAUAGCGACAGGGAAAUUAAUACACUCAUCGGUACACAUUCACAACAUAUCAAAGAUGUAUUGGGUUUCACUAGAGGUGAAAGUAUAAUUGAUAAUAAAAACCUUAUCUUAUUAUAA